CGGGAGAGGAGGGUGUGCAAGAGCAGGUCGUAGUGGCGAUUGAACGUCGUAGACAGAAAGCGACCUCUAGAGGUUCGAUACAGCCAGCCGGUGGACAUUGUACUCGGGAGAUAACGGCGAUAGGCCUGCGCCUCUGGGUGACGAUAUACAGGACGUUGGUAGAAGAAAACGGUCAUAUUUCUCCUGUGGAUAGCACCGCGGCGUAGUCACACCUCUACUCGACUAACUGUCCCUGCGAAGGUUCCUUACUUGAGACCAGUGCGAUUAUUGUUGACCGAAGUUCAUCACUUGGAAGAAGGCACAGUUUCGACAUGAGUGCGCCGUACAAUGCCUACUACCCUCCUCCGGCUGGAGUGCAACCGUACCCACAGCCAGCCCCUGUGGCAGGUGGCGCGGCCCCGCCUCCGCCGCCCUAUUACCCGCCCCAGACUGCAGCCACGGCCAGCGUGCAGCCCGCCCCCUAUCCGGCAGGCUAUCCACCGGGCUAUCCACCGCCGCCACAGCCUGCGGCGAUGCAACCGUCGUACAACCCGACAUACGUGAACGCGCAGCCGUCGGCACCCCCCGUCACGGUCAUUGUGCAGCAGCAGCCCAACGCACAGACAGCGCCGACGCAGGUUGUCCGGCCACCCCCUCAGCAAAACCAGAGUGGCAGCAGCGGCAUGGGCAUGGCAGGAGCGGCGGCAGUGGGCAUGCUGGCGGGCGCCGCAGUGGCCGGAGUAGCGGCGGCUGCGCACAGUCACGACAGGCACCACCACCCACCGCCGCACCUUGGGCACCGACCGGGGCUGCUGAGCCGAGGGCACCACGGGCCGGUCAACGUGCACAUUCACCCGCAGCCCACGCACUGGGCGGCUAGACUCGCCAUGCGGGCGAAGGAGCGGCGACACCACUAAUAACUGCGACCGGCGGAGUCGACUCGGGCGAUAUAGCGACUUGCUCGAACAAACAGCAGACUGUCUCAAGCAUGAGCUGGACACUAAACCAUUUUCCUAUUGCAAAAAAAAAAGAACAUGUCUGAAGCCACAACACAGGCACGCGACUAGGGGGAUAUUGUUACGUGGAGAUGUACGCAGAAAACUAUUUACACGAUGUCUUUAUGUGCAAACCUAGUCCCAGCGCUCGACAAGACGGCGAUGGUGACUUCAGAAACUGUGGCACCUACCCACAGUGGAGGAUUGACGAAGAAUCAGGCAGCUCGCUUGAGUGCUCAUUUCAUGGCGUGGGGAAGGAAAUUUGAAAGGGUCUCUUCAACGCUUUCGAAACGUUUAUAUAAUAAAAAAGAAUGGAAGUUUGAGUAUGCAAAGUACUCGCGCCUCAUCGCGUGCGGUUCCGCGGCCGUUAUCUUCGUCGUCGAGCAAAGCCGGCACCUGCAGGGGAAAUUCCCUAGGUCUCUUUAUCAUAUUACCACCUACUUCAUGGCAUAUCCCCCACAGAUGGUUUGGCACCAUCAAGGUUUCCUAGAUCUAGAGAUUUUACACAUUUCAACGCGAUAGCAUUGAGGAGCGCGUGUCGCAGAAAAUCCGGUGUCCCGCGUCGGGCAUCGCAUCGACAAAAAGAUGUUCGAGCCAUGUAUACUCGGGCCUUAAAUAUGAUGCAAGAAAUUGACUGAACUAGUUGAAUUUCUCAAACUAAAGUACGUAGAAGAAAUCGUAAACUACGAUGUUGUCGUGUGUCCCUCUCCUCGUCCUGUUGCUUGCACACGACUUGCAGACAUGAUAGCUCUCGGAUUUUAAUUUGACCAUACGAUAAAACAUAAUUCUGUCACGCGAAAACUCGGAAGAAACCUUUUCACACACACACAAACCGACCGCGGCGUUGACAGACUGGCCGCUGCGUCCGGCGUUUCCCGCGCGCCGGCGUGAUAAGUACUCGUCUUGGGGGCCAUGGAGCGGCGCGCCCGGUUCCUUGCAUUAACUCCAGCUGGCGCUCGCCUCCGCCGCAUCGCCCCCCCCCCCCCCCCCCACCUUCCCACCCCGGCCCACGCAAGAGGCCGUAGUUCCACCACAAAGCUCGCCUUCGUGCAUAGCGUUCGCGGCAAGCUUUUCCAGCUAAACAUUACAAUUACAGACGCUCAAGUUGCCGGAAAGCGUGAGAAGCAGUCAGGGAUCUUCGAAUGCUAUCGCGUUCCUCUCUUAAAGGUGAAGCUAAAGCUGGCUACAAAUUUUUAGGGAACUAAAGAAAUUUCUCCAAAUGUAGGGAAAUUUCGCGCUAUUGAAACAGUGGAACUGCUUUAAAUAUCGGCCGUGUAUUUGCGUGCUUUGCUGCAAAUGAAGUGUAAUAAGCACGUAAAUAUGGUGGUGUUACGUUAGAACAGGUCAUUCAAAAAAAUUAUUCGCAUCUUUUACGUUGCUGUCGUGCCGAAGCAGACUUUUGACGCGGUUACAUUCUGCAAGAGAGGCUCAGUGCCCAUCUUCCUAGCAAUUGCAAUAAGGCAAUAGGGCAAAUUGGCAAUAAUAUUGUCAAUUUGGUCCAAGUGCGAAACAAGAAUGAAGGACAAGAAAGCAUAAAUUUACUAAUGUGCUGACGUCUUCUUCUGUGAAUACGGAAGGGGAGCGGGGAGGGGGGGAGGGAGAGAGGUCUUCAAGCAGGAGGAUAUAAUGUUAGCAUAAACACUUGCACUGUGCCGUUAUUUGAGCUUGAGCACAAUGACUUCAUUAAUUGAACAUUAUAACACAAGCUUAUAAAUAAAAUGUUCUUCAUUUACAUAACAUGAAGAUUUACCUAUACGGACGUAAUAUUGACAAAAUGAACCACAUUUUGCACAAAUCUAAGGAAAUGUAGGCAGAUUUCUUUUUCCAAGUUAAGGGGCAAACUGGCUUCAGAGGUUGGGAGCACUGUCGUCGUGUGUCAUGCACCUAUGGUCUGCGCAAAAGAAAUUCCAAACGCGGUGCUCGAUGGGAAUGCGGGUAUGGGGUGAACGAUGCUUCAGAAGUUACCUGGGAAAAAGGACGACCUUAACUGGCGAGGAACGCCUUUCUUUUGUCAGACUAGAUUUGCAUUUGCAAUCCCCUGGAUAAUUCCAAAUAAUGAGUCAAAUUCUUCAGUAUUUCAUAACGCCGUGAGGUAGCCGAAAACGCGCUGUCUCCAGAAAUCCCGAAAACGCGCUGUCUCCAGACCUACGUGGGGGAGGGGAGAAGAGCGUGCACGUUGAUCCCGCAAUAGCACUAACUGUUGUUUGUGCAGCGCGUAAAACUUGCGCUGGGAGAAAGCGCGUUAGCUCCGGUAUGCCGCUAAAUCUGGAGCUUUUGUUCCUCUCCGCCUCUUUCUAUCGCUGUUGUGUUGUUGCCCAGGCAAAAUGAGCACGAAUCGAUUACAUAUGAAUGACUAGUUCCGGCUUUUGCUGUCAAGUUUGUUCGAGAAAGUCAGCCCAAGAUAGUUUUGCGUUCGCUUGAUGAGCGACGAAAAUAGCAGCUGCCGUCGCCUCGCUAAAAUUUUCCGUGGUGCCGGGUAUUUGAGGGGAAGCACUUGUGUGGUCAUGCUACAAUAAAGGCGAAGGCCUCUGCGCAUACAGGCGAGACCUGAACUACACCAUUGUACAUAAACGCACUGCAUCGAUUAUUGUUGAUUAAUAAAGCCUUUUUAUUUA